AUGAAUGGAAUUUGUCUGAUUGUACCGAAGGCAAAAAAAUAUCAAAUACUGCAUCAUCUUUUGAAACCGCUCCAGCCGACAUCCUGGAUAUUGCUGCUUCUUGCUUUUGUCAUCGGAUCGUUGCUCGCCAAACGAUACUUCAAAAACGAUUUAGUGUCAUCCAUCAUCUUUGGCGUAGAUUUGAAUUCAUCUAAUAUAUCGAAAAUAGAAAGGAUUGUCCUGUUCAGCAGUGUGUUUGGGUUCUUCGUCCUUUCCGUGGCGUACCAGGCCAAGUUACUUGCGUUCAUGAGCUCGUUUCGUUAUCGAACAGACCCGAAAACCGUGGAUGAGUUUCUUCAAACAGAUAUCAUGUUACAGUCUAGUGAUGUAACAGGUGUAGUCGUUUUGAAUAAACCCAAGUUCAAAGGACGUUUCCUCAAAUGGACUGAACCUUCUGACGAGGAAAAUCAUGACUACGGAGUAUUGAAGCAGUGUAACUACGCCUGGGAUCACAUGGUGCAUUUGAGACGCGAACAGUACAAACGUUACGGAUACAACGAUCGACUAGAAGUUCAUAUCGUUGGCGAGAAGAUCCUUUCAUUGACGGCAGCAUAA